AUGGAUCUCGGCCUUAUCGCCCGAAACGAUGACUUUCCUUUCGCCUUUUUUUUUAAAAUAUUACUUUCUUUUCCUUUGGUUCUCCCGGGGCAAAAAGACCCGACGAGGAGGGCUGGGCUGGUGAUUGGAUGCGACUUCCGCCCAGUCGCAUAUUCUUGCUUAGCUUUUUGGUUGUCGAAAGCGUUGUCUGUUUCUGUUGGCGGUCGAUCAACGGGCUGCCUGCCAAACUUCAACUUCAACCCUGGUGGUCUUCUGAAUUCCUGUUGCGUUGAACGAGAAGAAAAACCAAUUCCCAUUGAUACCUAUACCUUUGCCUAUACCUAUACCUAUACCCAUACCUCCGCAGUACACGGCAUAUGCGUCCUCUGCUCAGUCCGUCGAACAAGAACAACCUCUGCUGAGGCGACACCGGGGCAACAAAAGGAAAAAUCCCGCAUGUGGAGAAUCGCAACGCGAGCACACGACAAAGACGAGACGAGACGAGCCACCCAGAGCCAGGAGCCGUCCAGUCUUCGAGUUAGUUAUCGUUUUCCAGAGUCACAAAUAUCGACAAGCCAAUAA